AUGCCGUUGCGACAGCUUUACCCCGCCGAGGAUGUUAACAAGGAAUCCCAGGUUGACAUUAUAGCUGUACACGGUCUCAACCCGCGUAGCAAAGAUGAUGAGGAACACGCCUGGGACACGUGGAGAACGCCCGCAGGCGACGACGGGCGAAUUUGGCUGAAAGACGAUCUACCCAAGAGAUACACUAGCCAGGCUCGUAUAUUCCUCUGGGUCUACAACUCGACGCUGGUAUAUGGAAAAGACAGAGGCCAGUUCAUCGACAAAGCGAACGACCUGCUAGAGGCAUUGCGAAUUGAGCGCCGGCAAGACCCUAAUCGGCCCUUGAUAUUCCUGGCUCAUAGUCUUGGAGGUAUAUUAGUGCAGCAGGCUCUCGUGAACGCCCACAACAAUGCGAGAUACACACCAAUUCGCACUUCGACGACCGGUCUCGUAUUCUUCGGCACACCGCACGAUGGUGGCAAUAAAUCUCUGGUGGCGCUGGGAUCAGUCGCUGCCCGCGUAGCUUCUACACUGCAUUUGCAAUCUUCGAACGCUGUCAUCGAAACACUGAAAAGCGGCUCGUUGUUCACGGACCUCCUCGAUGAACAAUGGAGGCAUCAGCUCGAAUCGUAUCAACUGGUCUCUUUCUGGGAAGGCAUUGGCAAUACUGUCCCUAAGAAGAGCGCCACUUUUGGGCUCUCUGGAACCAGAGAGAACAUCAUUGAGCUCAACGCAGAACACAGUGACUUGUGCCGCUUCGGUGGAAGCAGGCGAGACCAAGACAACUUCAAGCUUGUUGCAAGUAACAUUCAGGACUUGUAUGACGCUGCGCUUGAGAGAACCCAUGUUUCUCUCGCAAAUGAUUCCAAACACCUGCAAGGACAGGAACAAUUCCAAUUGGUGUUCUCCCUCGCUGCCGCUCCCGAAAUUGAUUAUUUUGUUGGCCGAGCUAGCAAUCUUGUAUCGAUUGAGUCGGUGCUUCUUCCUUUCACUGCUGCAGAGCGAAAGGUUGUAGUACUUCAUGGAUUAGGAGGCAUUGGAAAAUCGCAGCUGGCCAUUGAGUUCGCAAAGAAGCAUCGAGAUGACUAUUCUGCAAUACUCUGGCUCAAUGCGAAGACGGAGGUCACAUUGAAACAGAGCUUCGCCACCAAUGCCAGACGGUUGCCCAAGGAACACCUUAACCAAGAGCUUCUUAAUGGGUCACAGAAUGAAGAAGCUCUCAAUGCUAUCCUACGUGAAAUGAAAACAUGGUUAGGCCUCCGAGGGAACGACAAGUGGUUACUGAUCUACGACAACGUCGACAACCCUAAAAUUUCCGACAACAAGAGACAGCACGCUUAUGAUGUUCGAUCGUAUUUCCCCGAGGCUCACCAAGGCUCGAUUCUCGUGACAACACGCUGGAAAACUCCGAGAAUAGGACGCCCCAUAGAAGUCACAAAACUAUCAGAAGAUGAGGAGAGUGUUUCACUUCUAGUCCAAACUUCAGGUAGAUCCAUCGAGGAAGAUCCCAGAACCAAGGAUUUGAUAAGGAAACUUGAUGGCCUUCCACUUGCGUUGGCGACUGCUGGUGGUUAUCUGGGGCUGACUGGUAUACCUGUAUCAGCGUAUCUUGACCACUACGAAGCAUCGUGGCUUGAGCUUCAGCGGACAAGCCCUUCACUCCCUUCUUACGAGGAUCAGACAAUAUACUCGACUUGGAAUCUUUCGUACAUCUAUAUACGCAAAGAGAAUAAGUCAGCAGCGAAGCUCCUUGAGCUCUGGGCGUACUUUGACAACCGAGAUCUGUGGUAUGAUCUGCUAAAAGCUGGAGAGGAUGAGGCUCCCGACUGGUUUGUCGAUAUAAUCGGCACAAAGUUGGCUUUCAACUCUGCAAUAGGGAAAUUGCGGAAGCAUGCCCUAAUUGAGAAGUUGACAGAGUCUGACGGAUAUUCAAUGCACCAUUGCGUACACGCCUGGGUGAAGACCUUCUGGUGUACGCCUGUUGAGGGUCAGAAUGUGAAGUUAGCCCUUACUUGCGUUGGAGAAAGUUUCCCUUUCAAACCAGCACCAGGUGAUUGGAUAAAAAAGCAGCGUUUAUCUUUACACUUUGAAAGAUGCUUACAGCUACUGCCUCAAUGGGUCAACAAGAGCAAAGACUCCAGAAAAAGCGAGGAUUGUAUUUCCACCUUCUUUUGCAGUCUAGGUCGCCUUUACCAUGACCAAGGCAAGCUGACGGAGGCUGAAUCGAUGUACCAGCGGGCUUUGGCUGGCUACGAGAAAAAUUCCAGUCACAGAUAUAUAUUUGCCACGGUCAACAUUCUAGGCAUCCUUUAUUGGGAUCAAGGCAAGCUGACGGAGGCUGGUAUGAUGUAUCAGCGGGCUUUGGCUGGCUAUGAAAAAGCUUCUGGAUCGGAUCACUCAUCUACAUUAGACACGGUCAAUAAUCUAGGUAUUCUCUAUAGUGAUCAAGGCAAUCUAACGGGGGCUGCAUUGAUGUAUCAGCGGGCUUUGGCUGGCUAUGAAAAAGCUUCUGGAUCGGAUCACUCAUCUACAUUAGACACGGUCAAUAAUCUAGGUGUUCUCUAUAGUGAUCAAGGCAAUCUAACGGGGGCUGCAUUGAUGUAUCAGCGGGCUUUGGCUGGCUAUGAAAAAGCUUUUGGACGAGAUCACACAUCUACAUUAGACACGGUUAACAAUCUAGGUGUUCUCUAUGAUAAUCAAGGCAAUCUGAAGGGGGCUGAAUCGAUGUAUCAGCGGGCUUUGGCUGGCUAUGAAAAAGCUUUUGGACGAGAUCACACAUCUACAUUAGACACGAUUAACAAUCUGGGUGUUCUCUAUAGAGAACAAGGCAAGCUAACAGAGGCUGAAUCGAUGUAUCAGCGGAUCUUACUCAGCUAUACCAGAAAUUCUCCCCCCAAUCCCAAGGGGCAACUAGACCUGUUCUACAAUAUGGGUUUGUUAUCUCGAGAGGCGAAAAACUUUGACAGAGCAAAAGAUUUCUUCCAUCAAGCUCAUGAGGGCUACGAAAAGCACUUGGGAUCUCAGAACGCUCACACUAUCAACGCGUUGGAAGAGCUCAAUGCAGAGAUUGAGCGAGACUCGCGAAGAACCGAGAGGUCAGAUGGAGAGGGCGAGUCCAUGGAGACGGAUUGA